AUGGCAAGUCAGCAGCGACAGAACGAGCCAGCACCGGGGGCUCCCUUCUUUACACCUAAGCAUUGUCCGGGACGAGCCAAACAGCUGACGUUCAACACGCCGACCAUUUUCCGCCCACUAAAAUUGCGAGGCGUCACGCUACGCAACCGAAUCUGUGUUUCUCCGAUGUGCCAAUAUUCCUGCGCCCCCAGUGGCCCGCAGGUUGGUGUCAUAACGCCUUUGUAUCUCGCGACUCUUGGACAUUAUGCCUACAAAGGCGCCGCGCUGGUCAUGGUCGAAGCAACGGGAGUGCAACCCAACGGACGGAUUAGCGUCAACUGCCCAGGAUUAUACAACGAUACACAAGAAGCAGGUAUGAGGAAACUUACAGACCUGGUGCAUUCACAAUGCGGUUUGGUUGGAGUUCAACUAUCGCACGGAGGGAGAAAGUCGGGGACUUUAGCACCUUUUGUAGCUGCGCGUUUAGGGCAAUCUAGCAUCAAGGCGGCAGCUUCUGAAGGAGGUUGGCCGGACAAUGUGGUGGGCCCCAGUGGCGGGGCGGCUAAUAGCUUCGAUGGCAAGGGCGAAGAGUAUUGCAUACCCAACGAGAUAAGUAAAGAAGCAAUACGCGAGCUUGUGUCGAAUUGGGCAGAGUCUGCGAAAAGAGCCAUUAGGGCUGGAGUCGAUGUUCUUGAGAUUCACGGGGCGCAUGGAUACAUAUUGCAUCAGUUUCUGAGUCCCAUCACAAAUCAUCGGACAGAUGAGUAUGGCGGCAGUUUUGAGAACAGAAUCCGGCUGCUUGUCGAAGUCGUCAAAGCUGUUCGGGCUGUCCUCCCAGAGACUACGCCGUUAAUACUGAGAAUCAGCUCUACGGACUGGAUGGAGGGAUCGUCCAAAGCAAAAAAGUUCGGCAGUUGGGAAGUCGAAAGCACGAUACGUCUCGCAAAGCUCCUUCCAGACCUCGGCGUCGACCUCCUGGACGUGAGCUCGGGCGGCAAUGUCAAGGACGCGCCUCUGACUGUGUUCAAUGCCGGUCUCAAACAUCCAGAUAUCGCAGCAAGGAUCAGAAGAGCACUUUCUGAGGCAGGGAAAAAUAUGCGACUCGGAGUGGUAGGUCUGAUCACGACCGCUCAACGAGCACGGGACCUGGUACAGGAAGACUCGGACAAUGCAUGUGCUGAUGUAGUUUUUGUGGGGCGACAGUUCCUCAAGGAUCCCGCAUUCGUGUUGAAUACAGCCACUGAAUUAGGCGUGGAUGUCGAAUGGCCUAUUCAAAUUGCACGGAAUGAGAUACUCAAUCCAAAAUUGUGA